GCUAUUUAAAGUCAAUGGGAGAAUCAGUGCUGAGUCACAGCUGAAUCUUGGAUCUGAGAAUUGAGUGGUUGAUCUAGCUUUUUGGGCUUCAGUCAGCAGCAUGGAGCAUGGACUGGAGGUUACUCACCUGAAUAUCCAGCCUGGAGGGAGCAUCAAAGUGAGGGGGAAGAUCCUGCCAGAUGCCAAAGGCUUUGCCUUGAAUGUGGGCAAGGACAGCAGCAACCUCAUGCUGCACUUCAACCCCCGCUUUGACUGCCAUGGGGAUGUGAAUACCAUUGUGUGCAACUCCAAGGAAGAUGGGGCAUGGGGAGCAGAGGAGAGGGAAACGGAUUUUCCCUUCCAACAGGGUGACAAGACUGAGAUAUGCAUCUCCUUUGACACAGCUGAGCUGAAAGUAGGACUGGCUGAUAAGGAGAUCGUAUUCCCCAACCGCCUGAGCCUGGAGAAGAUUGAGUAUGUGUCUACUGAGGGUGACUUUGAAGUCAAAGUCAUUAAAUUCAAUUAACUGUUUAAUGCUCCUCCUCUGAGCUCCCAGUACUGAAAUAAACUGAACUUGCCAUGGG